UCGACCAACAGCAACAGCAUCAGCGUGAGGGGCUGCAACUCGACCAACAGCAACAGCAUCAGCGUGAGAGGCUGCAACUCGACCAACAGCAUCAGAGUGGGCGUGAGUGGCUGCAACUCGACCAACAGCAUCAGAGUGGGCGUGAGGGGCUGCAACUCGACCAACAGCAACAGCAUCAGCGUGAGAGGCUGCAACUCGACCAACAGCAUCAGAGUGGGCGUGAGUGGCUGCAACUCGACCAACAGCAUCAGAGUGGGCGUGAGGGGCUGCAACUCGACCAACAGCAACAGCAUCAGCGUGAGAGGC